AUGCUUCUUGCCACUUGUGUCGUUGCUCUCUUCUGCUUUAUACCUGCAAGCAGUUUGGCUCCUCCGCACUGUGAGGAACUGGUCCGGCCUCUGGAUCAUGUGGAUGGUCAUCAACUGGACGGACUAUGGCUUUUGAUCGCAAUCAGUCUGGACGACCCUCUUUAUCCCGCGGAGACAUUAAAAAUUUUUGACAGUUGGGUCAUAAAGUUUUCCAAUGCCAGCGAUACCUCCAAUACCAGCAACCUUUUGUACGAGACCAUCUAUAGUGCUGGUGGCAGUUGCUAUAAUCCUCCCUCCUCCAACAUCACACUUAAGGGCAACAGCUUCUCCUCCAGUAACGUCUCCAUAACCUUCAUCCAUACCGGCUGUUCAGACUGUUUGUUAAUGCAUUUCUUAAAUAGAGAAGGAUUUGGGAACUUGCACCUGUACAGCAAGAGGAGGGAGGUGGAGAAGGAGGUGAUGGACGAGUUCAAGACUCAGAUAGAGUGUGUGAAAAAUCAACCACCUGUGAUGAUGGAUACCUCCAAGAAGCUCUGUCCAUACCAGAUGCCCACCCUGCCUGAAAUUGAAGAGUUGGCAGAGAAGCUAAAGGCAGUAGAGAAUGUAGCUCCUGAUGCAUGA